CAUGCGAUGAACGACAACUCACACACUUCUCUGAUCACUAACGAGCCCCAUAUUCUCAUCUGUAGAUCUUGAUGGCAUCCGAAAGUCCAGCUUCGCAGGCGAGUACUCCGGCAGGCGACAAACCACGCAAUGUCUUGGCCUGCGUCUUUUGUCACCAGCGCAAAAUCAAGUGUGACCGCAAAUCCCCCUGCGCGAACUGCAUAAAGUCUGAUCAACCAUGUGUCCCAUCGACGCGAGCACCACCAGGAGCCGGUAGAAGGCGCGUAGUGAAAGACCUGUUGGAACGAUUAAAUCAGUGUGAGAGUCUGUUGAGCCAGGUUGCUCCGCGCGAUGCCGAUGGACGCCCCGUAAAUCCCGAUACGCCGGGUUCCUCACGCGAUGUGGCGGACAGCCCGGCAAUGUUCCAUAUAAGCUACGAAGAGGCCCGGAAGCAACCCAGCUCGAGACCAAAUGGCAAGAUUGUCUGCGAUGAGGGUCGACCAACCUUUAUGGAAAAUCCCUUCCGCGGAAAUGUCAUUGACCAUCUCCAAUUCUCAAAGCUCAGUCUCGACGAUAAUGACACCGAGAAAUCAACGAAUCCGUCAGGUUCUACCAGCGUCUCAGAACACGGCGAUGUAGUUCACCAAAAGUCUAUGGAUUUUGACAUAUUAGCCCUAGGACCAGUUGAAGUUCUCCGCCUGUGGCAAGUAUUUUUAGAACGAGUCAACCCCAUGAUCAAGGUCAUCCACGUCCCUAGCUUGGAACCUCUAGUCUUCGAAGCAGCAACAGACCGCUUCAACCUGAGCCCGGACCUCGAGGCUCUGCUCUGCUCCAUCAACGUCGUCGCAAUAAUGGCUCUUUCCGAAGUAGAAUCAAUCCAGAUGCUCAACGUCGAAAAGGAAAAGGCAUUGCGGAAUUCAAUGUCUGCACUAAAGAAAGCCAUGUCCAAAGUGGACUUCUUACGAAAGUAUAACAUGACCACUUUACAAUGCUUAGUGCUGUACCUAGUAUCUCUCCAGGGGCAAUUCGAUCGUCAUGCCGCUUGGGUGUUGACCGGCAUGCUCGUCAGGAUAGCGCAGAGAAUGGGCCUUCACCGUGAUGGAGAUCUCAUAGGUCUGCAACCCUUCGAGACCGAGAUGCGCCGCCGUAUCUGGUGGCAGAUCAUCAUGCUGGAAACAAAAUACGCCGUCCUCGCAGGUUUCGGCGACACACUCCUCCCACCCAACUGGGACGCAAAACUGCCAUCAAAUGUUAACGACGCCGACCUGCUACCGGGUUCAGCAGAGCCCGUCAAGUCUCGUGACGGAGCAACCGAGAUGGCAUUCUGCCUCAUGCUUUACGAAUCGCGCGCCUUCUUCUGCGACAACCCCAUGCCCGAGUUCGAAGCAGUUAUCCUGAGCGGGGAGAAAAUCAGCCCAGAAACUUCGAGAAGGUUCUCCGGCCAGCCACUCGACAAGUACAGACUUCUCGUCGACCAAUACGACGAGAGGCUAGCUGCGGCGGAACGGCGGUUCUGCAACCCGAGUGCUGGUGGGAUACACCUCGUGGCGAGCAAGAUCCGAUCUUUCACGGCGCAGAGGCUGCGUGACAUGAUCAUGCAUGCGCGGGAGCCCUGGGACGAGAAUAAAGACGGCGGAGCGAGCCAGCAAUCCUUCUUCCGCGCGUGGGUCAUCUCCUUUGAGAGCGACGUCAGCUGGUACGACACGAUAGACGACAAGUUCACCUGGUACCUGAAACUACACUUCCAAUCCGACGCCUUCUCCGUCAUGAUUGAGCUCCUGCAGUGGCAGCCUGUCGGAACCCUCGUUGAUAGGGCGUGGAAGGCAAUUGACCGGCUUUUUCAUCAUCACCCGGAGAUGUACGACAUGAACAGGAGGGACAACAUGCUGCGCGCGGAGAACUUGCUUGCGGGUUGGGCGAGACGGGAGCUUGCGUUCCGGAACCUGGGCAUGUCUUGCGACACGCCGCUAGUCGUGGCGCGAUUCCGAAGCAGCGAGGUUUUCAAGCAGAAGCAGCCUGGUGGUGUCCCUGUCGAGCAGUGGCCGGCUUCGACGCCGGAUACUGCGUUGUUCUCUGAUAUGAGUCCGUCUGACUUUGAGACGUUUGAUGGUGGGAUGCCUGGAGAUAUGCAUGGUCCCAGUUUCAGCCUUUGGGGUGGAGGUGGGCCGGGACAGCAGGCUUUAUGAUGAAGCCUGGCUGGGUUGUGACGACGGGGUGAUGACUGGAGGAAGCGGGGUUUGAGCGCUUAAAGCACUGGACCAUGACUUUAUGACAUUCAAGACGGCUCAAGGGUAAACUGUACCCAAUACGGAGUUUACCCUUCACUUCGAGCGUCUUUGGGGCUCUGGACUAUGAAUCACCUCUGAAAAUUCACUGAUAGAUUUUGAGUGUUCUUCGCUUUGACUCAUCGAGUUGCUCUUGUAAAUUCAUCCGC